AUGCUUCAACCGAAAAUUCAAUAUUUCAAAAACAAUUUUCAACACAAACAAUCACCACUUUCACCAGAACAACCAAAAAGAUCAAGUUUUUCAAAAACAAGAGUAUCAAUCGUUUAUAAUGGUAAAGAAGAGUUUGUAAGUUGGUAUGGUUCAACACCAUCACAAACCAUUGAGGAGGCAAUCAAAACUGUAUUCCAAUUACCAAGUAAUUCCAGACUGUUCUUGAAAGACCUCGAUGGAGAUGUCGUCGCAAUUGCUCCUACCUUACCAGCUGGUGAAACUUUUUGUUUAUUUGUUAGUAAUAGUAAUGGUACCACUUCAUCAAAACAAUUGUUAGGAAAAUCAUUUGAUAGCCAAUCAAAUGCCGAAAUCACUGAAACUCCAUCAUCGCCAUUAAACGAACAACAAGUCGAUUUAUCAUCAUCAAAUGGUAACUUGAAUACAAGUAUUGGUGGUGGUGGUUCAACGAUGGUUGGUGAUAAAUUACCAAUUAAAUCAUCAUCAACUUCAUCAUCACCAGAACCAUUGAAAUCUGCUUUACUCUCUGAAAAUGAUGAUGUUAGUGAAGAUUUAUCUGGUUCACAAAAAAGAUUAUCAAGUGGUGAUUUAGGUAUUGAAGAAGAGGAUGAUGAAGAUGACCCACGUAAAAAAAGAAAGAGAAGAAAGGCAGUUGAAAUCGAUAGAUCUUUCAAAUGUUCAAUGGCAAAUUGUCAAAAAAUCUAUGGUUCUGAGAAUGCCCUUAAAAUGCAUAUCAAAUUAAAACAUCCUGAAUAUCAAUACUUAAUUAUGCAACAACAAAUUCCAUUAUCAAAUAAAACUUCACCGCCAAUUAUUGUAAAUAAUAAACUUUUAAAUUAUAAUAAUGGUAAUAAUGGUAAUAAUAAUAAUAAUAAUAAUAAUGCAAAUAAUUAUAAUCAACAAUAUCAACAAUAUCAAGUUCAAGUACAACAACAAUACCAACAACAACAACAGCAACAACAAAUGAAUAAUAGAGUACCAACUUCAUUAUUAUUCCAACAACAACAACAACAACAACAACAACAACAACAUCAACAACAAAUUCAACAACAACAAUAUCAACAACAACAACAACAACAACAACAACAUCAACAACAACAACAACAACAACAACAACAACAACUUCACCAUCGUACAAGUGGUGGUAUUCCAUCAAUGAAAUAUUAUUCCGAACAACAACAACAACAACAACAACAAAUACCACAACAACAACAAUAUUCACAACAAUAUCAACAACAACAACAAUACAAUGGAGGUAAUGGUUUACCAAAAUUAUUUAAUAAUCAUAAUAAUUCACAAGUACCAACAACUGAGUUAAGAAAUCAUUUACAAUCAUUCCUUGCAAAGGAAAAGAGUAAUAAUAGUAAUAAUAGUAAUAAUAAUAAUAAUGAUCAUUAUUCAACCAUUAAUAAAAUUAUUAGUGCAACCAAUAUGACCAAUUUUUUCCCAUCAAAUUUACAUCCAAGUUUUUUCCAAAGUUUCCAACAACAACUUAAUCAAUUAAUUGCUGGUAAUCCUGGUAUUGCUCAAGAUAUUCUCAAAUACGAUAUUGAAGAAUUGAGUAAUUUUAUCAAAAAACAAAUUGAUCAAGUAAAAUUAAAACAAGAAGGUUUUCAACAACAACAACAACAACAACAACAAUCAUCACAACAAAGAUUAAAUAAUAGUAAUAAUAAUAAUAAUAAUAAUAAUAAUAAUAAUAAUAAUAAUAAUAAUAAUAAUAAUAAUAAUAAUAAUCGUCUUCCAAACUUUAAUUACUUUUCAAAUGGAAAAUCUGAAUCUGAUGAAGAAGAUUUAGAAAAUGAACACAAUAAUCGUUUAAAGAAUUUUUCUUUCUCUAAACGUCAAUUCGAAAGAAAUGAAGAACAAGAAGAGCAACAACAACAACAAAAUGAUGAUAAUAAAAAUAAUAAUAACGAGACCUUUAAAAAACAACAACAACACCAACAAAAAACUGUAGAUUCUGAACUUUCAACACCAAAUUCCUCACCAAUAAAUAGUAGUAAUAAUAUAAAUAAUUUAAAAACACCAACAACUUCUUCAACAAAUAAAUCCGUACUUCCAUCAAUAUAUUCCUCAAUGCAAUCAUCACCUUUAUCAACAUCAUCAACCACUUCAAAGGGUAAUUUAUCAUUUUUAGUUAGUUCAAAUAAUGAUGAAGAUGAUGACCAUCACAACCACCACCACCAAGUUGAAGAAUCUAAAGAAAAAAAUAACACCUGUACAAAAAAUGAACCAAACCAUAAAAAUCAUAAUCAACCUGAUACAAAUGCCGCUAGCCUACUUUUGGGUUUGCAACACAUUUAA